GUGUCCAGGGGAGAGGACUCUAAUGACCUUCAGCACCAUCCUGGCACAUCCCCACAUUUCUACUAGUUGGGUGUGGGUUGGCCAGGAGACCCCCCCCCUCUUUCCCAGCCCUGUCAGCAGUGAUAGGGGAGCCUGCUGAGCCCCCCAUGCUGACAGCCCUCCAUUGUGUCCCCCCACAGUGGGACCUGGUGUGUGCCUCACGCUGGAAGGUGCCCCUGGAGCAGACCACACACCUGCUGGGCUGGACACUGGGCAGCAUCACCGCCGGCCUGGCCUGUGACAGGUUCGGCCGCCGUCCCACUUUCCUGCUGUCCCUGGCCCUGGCAGUGCCCGUGGGCCUCGCCGUGGCACUGGCCAUGAACUUCCUCAUGGUCCUGGUGGCUCGGCUGCUCUUCGGGGCAGCACUGGCAGGAGCCUUCCUCGCUCUCUAUGUGGCACGGCUGGAGCUGUGUGAGCCCCCCCACCGGCUGGGGGUGACGAUGGUGGCUGGAUUCUUCUGGAUCGCUGGGGAGCUGCUGCUGCCAGGGCUGGCCCUGCUGUGCCGGGACUGGCGGGUGCUGCAGGGCGCCGUCACCAUGAUCCUGGCUCUGCUGGCUGCCUGCUGGUGGUGCCCAGCACUGCUGCUGGAGUCAGCGCGCUGGCUGCUGGCCACGCAGCAACUGGAGAGGGCCAGGAAGACCCUGCAGGCACUGGCUGAGGACAACUGGCCCCAGGACAGCCUCCUCACGGAGCUGGAGGCCUUGUCUGAGGGAUCCCCACAGCCCCGGUACCACACUGUCUGUGAGAUCUUCAGCACGAGAGUCAUCUGGAAGAACGGCGUCAUCCUCGGCUUCGCAGCGUUCAUCGGCUCCGGCAUCCGCCACUGCUUCACCCGCAACCUGGCCCCCCACCUGCCUCACUUCUUCUCCUCCUACUUGGUGCUGGUGGGCACCGAGGUGGCCGCCUGCCUCUUCGUGUGCCUGACAGCCGAGCGCUUCGGACGCCGCGCCAUCCUCCUCCUCUGCACCGUCCUCACCGGCAUCUCCUCCCUCCUGCUGCUGGCCCUCACCCAGUACCUGCUGGAGCUCAUUGUCCUGACCCUUUCCGUGGUGGGCACGGCUGCCUCCCAUGCUGUCACCAUGCUCAGCAUCUUCUUUGCCAGUGAGGUUCUCCCCACUGUGGUCAGGGGCGCCGGGCUGGGCCUGGUCGUGGGGGCCAGUUUCGUGGGCAAGGCGGCAGCGCCCAUCACCGCCAUCCCCAACAGCCGCGGCUUCUUCCUGCACCACGUGGUGUUCGCCUCCUUCGCCAUCCUGGCCGUGCUCAGCAUCAUGUUGCUGCCUGAGAGCCAGGGCCGCAACCUGCCCCAGUCCCUGCAGGAUGGUGAGAACCAGCGCCGGCCCCCCCUCUUCCGCCAGCCCCCCUGCGAGGACCACCUGCCCCUGCUCGCCUCCCACAGCAUCCCCCACGACUAUUCCCGCCUCGCUGCCUCCACCAAGAGGAUGCUGGGCUCCCUGGACCCCCCUCGAGAGAUGUAGCUGUGCCCCCUGAUCCCUGGGGGUCUCCCCACUGCUGGGACACCCAUCCGUGCGUGCUCAUGGGGAUGACUGGGAGCCCCAGGACGUGCGCUGGGUGGGUUGGGAGAGCAGCACACCCUCCCACAGCAGGGCCAGAUCCUGCCCCAGGAGGACCGGUGCUGGGAGCCCUGGGGUGGGGGUGAUGCCCCCCUGAUGGGUGCUGCUGGCUCCCAAUAAAAGUGCCUUGUGUCUAUGGGCCACUGGUGUGGUGGGGGGACACCACCCCCCCACCACUGGCCCCUGCUCUUUAUUAUGGCAUGACCAGGGGUCUCCUCACCCCCUUCCCCAGCUCUGUGGGGCUCCCCCAGGGUGUCCCCUCCCAGGGCUGCCUGGGUUUGCUGGGCUGGGGUCUGGGGGGGGGUGCAGGUAUGGACCCCCCUGUGCGGAGGCCUCUCGCAAAACCCCUCUGGGUGGGUGUCUUGUGCAUGUCCGUAUACGAAGCUGCUGC